UAAUCUCUUUCUUCAAAUCGAGACUCUCGACUCGAUCUGGUCAGUGUGCUCUGCAGGACUCUGAAGGAAGCUGGAUCUUUAGGAGUUGAAAGCCGUCAAGCUUUCAGGGGAAUGUGCUAAUUGUGGAGGCGUUUCACUUUUCCCGUUUUUUUUUUUUUUUUUUUUUGGUUGUAGUUAGUUUAUAGGCUUGUUUUCCUGUAGGCCGUUAGUGCACGCCCUCAUGUUUUGGUGCUCGCCAUUACUCCCAUUUCUGAACGCCCCUCAACCGGGUUGACACUGACGAUUGGUUGUAGGACAAAGAUCAAUCUUGUAGCUUAAAAAACCUGGGUUUCCCCAUUCGCGAUCUCCAAAGACGAGGACACCCGACGUUGACUGAAGCGGUAAGGGCGCCAUGGCCGACAGUGAAUUCGAUCCGAGCGCGGCAGCAGCGAGGCAGCGUCGUAUGGACCUUCGUCGCAAGAAGGCGACCACCCCAAGCGGUUUGAUCGUGUGUCGCAAGCACCUGGGCGUGGGUCUGCUGCCGCAGAAGCGCGACACCAGCGACGACUCCAGCACCAACUCCUCCCUCUCCUCCUCCUUCCCGCUCUCCCCCUCCUCCCUCUCCCCUCCCCACGCCAACUCCCACCCCUCCGCCGACCCCAUCACCGCCGCGGCCUACACCGCCCUCCGCACCAAGUUCCGCCGCAGCCAGUUCCGCCGCCCGCGCAAGGGCAAGGGGGAAGACUCCGCGUCCGCCGAGGGCUCGUCCGGGUCGAAGUCUCCGCGGGGGGUGAACGGGCAGCGGGGGGACGGGGGAGGCGGCGGCGGCGGGGGGGCGGAGGACGGGGGAGCGGACGAGGACUCGAGCAGCGACUUGUCAUCAGAGACGAGCUCGAGCGGCACGACGGACAGCAGCGGCGACGGGAACGACGCCGAGGUGGACGCGGCGAUCUCGGUGGCGGCGAGCCUGCUGCAGGAGGAGACGAAGCUCCAACACCUGGGAAUGGACGGAGUCCCGGGCGCGGGCGGCGCAGCGGCGGACGCCACGGCGUUCGCGCCGCUGCCUCCGCGCGUGAUUCCGCCCAGCACGUGCAGCGGGGGGAGGAUCAAGGGCGCGGCGGCGGACGAGUGCCCCGGGAACGGGGUGCUGUCGGUGUGCGGGCGGCGGCGGGAGAUGGAGGACGCCGUGGCGAUGGUCCCCGCGUUCGCGCUCGUGCCGUGCGCCAGCCGCGCGGGGUGCUCGCUCGGGGGGGGUGAGGCGAGCGGAGGGCAGGGUGCGGACGACCCGCAGUGCCAGCUGCACAUGUUCGCCGUGUUCGACGGCCAUGGCGGCAGCCAGGCGGCGAAUUUCCUCUCGGCGCACAUGUCCAACGCGCUGGCGGAGGAGCUCUCCAUCACGCUCUCAGGCAUCGAGCCCCUCCCCCCCGCCACGCCCGACCCCGCUCCUUCUGCUGCCGCCGCCACAGGCGCGGAGGGGGGCGCUGAGGGCGCGCAGAAGGCGGACCCGGUGCUGCAGGCGCACUGGCAGCGCGCCAUGGUGCAGUCGUUCGCGCGCAUGGACGCGGAGAUCAGCGGGCACUGCUUCCUGCGCCGCUCCCACUGCCACGGCGCCUCAGCUGACGCAGGCGAGGGGGGGGCGGGCGGGGAGGGGGGGGGCAUGGUGGCGGAGUGCGUGCACGAGCCCCUGGCAGCGGAGACGGUGGGGUCGACGUCGGUGGUGCUGGUGGUGACGGCGCACCACCUGGUGGUGGGCAACUGCGGGGACUCCAGGGCUGUGCUGUGCCGGGGGGGCAAGGCUGUGCCGCUCUCCAAGGACCACAAGCCUGAGCGGGAGGACGAGAUGAAGCGGGUGGAGAAGGCAGGCGGGCGAGUCAUCUUCUGGAAUGGCUACCGAGUGCUGGGAGUGCUCGCCAUGUCACGUGCUAUCGGCGAUCGCUAUCUGAAGCCGUACGUGAUUCCGGAGCCCGAGGUGACGUUGACGCAGCGGCACCCCGACGACGAGCUCGUGGUGUUGGCCUCGGACGGGCUGUGGGACGUCAUCUCCAACGAGGCUGCCGUCGACAUCGCCCGCCGCUGCCUCGCCCAACGCGGAGGCUCGGGAGGCUCAGGCUCGACCGGAGCUGCUCCGGAGGCGCCCGCAGCUGGGGACGAGACGGCUGCUGCUGCUGCGGAGACUCUUGCGGCUGCUGGCGCCCAGGGAGAGGAGGAGAUGAGCCCGGCUGCCCUGGCUGCUGCGGUGCUGACAAAGCUGGCUCUGGUGCGCGGCAGUGGGGACAACAUCAGUGUGGUCGUGGUGGAUCUCAGGGGCACACGGUGAAAGGGGGGGGGGCAGAGGGAGGAGAGCUCAAGAAUGGCUCUGAUGUAGCCGCUACUGCUGGAAGUCUCUUCCCCGUCGCUUCUGCAGUGGAUGCUUGAAGAAUAACCUGGCUGUACCCACAUGGUUCCAAGUUACAGGCUCCUGAUUUCCUGUACCCCAUCCAAUGCCAUGCCAUUUGUGACAUGACUCUAGGAUUCGCCUCCCACCGUAAAGGCCGGUCCCAACGCUGCCAUUUACUGCCCACCUGAUUAUGGUCCUCACAACAACCCAGCCUACCGUGGAUUGCAUGCUGCACAAGACCCCCCUGACCGCCGACUGACAGCCCUUAUCGUUCUGAGCCUUUUUGGUACUGUAGUAGUAUUGUAUGACACUAGAGUUGCAUGUCCUUUAGUGCUCCAUCAUCUUCCCUGAAUCUCUCUCAUGGCUUUUUGCUGUUUAUUAUCAGAGGU